ACAUAGAUAUAUUAUCAGAAACAACAUCACUUGUACAGCUACACUUUAGAGUAUCUUCUACAGGUGAUGCUUAUUGCAGCAAUUGUUGCAGCUGCAACUUUUAUGGCAUAAGCUCAGGUUGUGCACUAGCUAUUUUCUUCAGCUCCUUACAGGAAACAGGACCUCCAGUGCAUCAGUCUGCAAAAUGUGCAAAUGAUAAUACAAUGGCUUCUCUGGCAACCGCCGAAGUCUGUGACUCAAACGCGUCUGUCUUAGCAAGCGGCGACCUGCGCGUGCUGCAUCCGGUAUUCCAGAUAUAUGGCCAGAACAGAACGUUCUCGGGUCCCAUUGUCACUGUCAAGGUGUUUGAGGACAACGUCCUGGUUCGGGAGCUGCUCGAAACCAGAGGCGAAGGGAGAGUGUUGGUCAUCGAUGGCGGAGGAAGCUUGAGAUCUGCACUGAUGGGUGGGAUCAUGGGACAGUUGGCUCAGAACAUGGGAUGGGCUGGCAUUGUUGUGAAUGGCUGCAUUAGAGAUGUGGACGAGAUCAACGAGUGUUCGAUUGGCGUCAGGGCCUUGGCCUCGAAUCCCGUGAAACCGGGCAAGAAAGGGGUCGGGGAAAAGCAUGUCCCUCUCCACAUCGCUGGCACGCUGAUCCGCGAAGGGGAAUGGUUGUAUGCAGAUAGCGAAAUUGAACUGUCUGUCUGA